AUGUCCACAACUAUGUUCGCGCUGCCUCCCGAAGUUGAUCGCCAAUAUUUGCCCCUGGUUGUUGCAGAGAUCGUGGGCGCGCACAAGGACGGCCUGAUCGCGUCGCUGAUCGGCGUGGAGGGCGGCCACUCGCUGGGCUCCUCGCUGGCCGUGCUGCGUGCGCUGUACGACCUGGGGGUGCGCUACCUCACCCUCACGCACACCUGUGACACACCGUGGGCCGAGACGACCUCGCCUCAGCCUCCCGGUACGAACCGGACAAAGGGACUCACAGAAUUCGGGAAGAUGGUGGUCCGCGAGAUGAACCGCCUGGGCAUGAUGGUGGACCUGUCCCACACCUCGGUGCGCACCAUGCGCGACGCGCUGGCCGUGUCCAAGGCACCCAUCAUCUUCAGCCACUCGUCGGCCUGGGCCGUGUGCAACUCGUCCCGGAACGUCCCGGACGACGUCCUCGACAAAGUGAAGGAGAAUGGCGGCAUCGUCAUGGUCACCUUCUACAACUACUUCGUCACCUGCGGGGAGACAGCGCGUGUUUCCGACGUAGCAGCGCACAUUAACUACAUUCGGAGAAGAAUAGGACCGGACCACAUUGGAGUGGGCGGCGACUUCGAUGGCGUGAAUAAGACGCCGACGGGCCUGGAGGACGUGUCACGGUACCCGGACCUGUUCGUCGAGCUGCUCCGCUCCGGCAACUGGACCGGGAUAGACCUGCAGAAGGUGGCGGGCCGCAACCUGCUCCGCGUCAUGCGCCGAGUCGAAAAGGUGCGGGACGAGAUGCGCGCCGAGGGCAUCACGCCGGCCGACGACAUCCUGGAGCCGGUCGACCCCGUCGGGCCCAAGGGUGGCCACGACGGUCGCUGCGUCUUCGACAUGUCGCUGUUCACAGACGAGGAGAGGCUGAGAGAGAUUUAAAGCGACCCGGCCAGGUCAAAAUUGUGUGCGUCGUCAGUAAAUUCGGCUGGUAGCCGGCUCUACUUUUUAAAAUACUGUUCUAUCGCCUCUACUGAUUGAUCUGAAAAAUUUCUCUCCUUUAUAAUGCGCUCACAAGACUGGUAAAUAUCAUUGAAAAAAGACGUGUAAAAUUGAACUGUUCUCUUUACUUUCCACCAAUGUGUGUGUGUUUCUUUAUGGACUGCAAUAUUUAUAUGUAUAUCUUAGCUAUUGAUGUCUGUGUUAUCAUGUUUCAAUUCAUUUUAGGGACCAUUAAGUACGUUCCAUGAAGGAUGUUUACAGCAGUAAUGAGAAUUUCCAAACAAUUUUGAGAAUGGAGAUGAGUGUAUCGAUCCCAAAUCUAUAUAUUUUACUUGAGACUUGAGGCCAAGGCUAAAUUGUGUUCAUCAGUUCUUCCGGUACUUUUUGCCGAGUCGUGCUUCAAUUAUACAGUAAUUUACCAUUACUUAUUCAUGUAUAAGGAUCUUCUAUUAGAACUAUGAAGUUCGAUCAUUACGUUUUGUUCGAAAAAAAUUGAAUAGCCUAAUUUAUUUUGACAUUAGACUUUUUAUCCUUCUGUGAAUGAAAUUCUUACUCUAUUUUGAUAUCAAAUGAUGUGAUGUUAAUAAUAAGCUAAAUAUUAUGUAGAAUACGUUUCGAUAUUCGUUACUCAAUCUUCACUGAAGAUAUUGUUAUCUCGUGGUACCUCUGCCUUUGUUUCUCUAAAUAUUUAUUUUCAUCAGUAGAUGUCUUAGAUAAAAUAUCUCUGUUAAUCAAUUCGUCGACUACAACCUGAGGACAUUCGACUUCUCACUGAAUUCGGAAUGGUUUUGUUCGAAUUACUCGUGACUCGGAGAUCAUUGUAAUGCGUGGUUGUGCUUUUAAACGCUCUCCUGUUACCAAAAAUAAAGAAAAUUCAACUGCUA